UAUGCAGUAUUAUAGUUACAGGAAUUAUUAUGAUUUUCACAAAUUUUAACUUGUUUUUCCCUUUCAUCUUAUGUUCAAUAGACAGGAAAAUCGAAGCAUUUUGGCUUCAUUGAGUUUGCAGACCCUGAGGUGGCGAAAGUUGUAGCUGACACUAUGCAUAACUAUUUGUUGUUCGAACACGUGUUGCACGUCCAUCUUAUUCCUCCACAGAAAGUUCACCUGAAAUUAUGGAAGGGUUUCAACUUCCGAGUCAGACCCGUGAACUGGGUUCAAAUUGAGCGGAAGAGGCAUGACAAGGAAAGAACGGUGGAAGAGCUCAAGAAGUUCAUGGAGAAGAUUAUGAAGAGAGAUCUGAAACGUCAAAAGAAAAUUGAGGCCGCUGGUAUUGAUUAUAAAUGCCCAGAAAUUGAGGGUGGUGGUGAAGAACCUGCUCCAAAGAAAAGGAAGACCGACCAGAAGAAGGUUGUUUCGAAAUGAUGAAGCGCACACGCUCGUCUCUGUCCACCCCUUCCGCCGGGAACAAGGCAGUUAUGGAUUUCUGGAGAAUUUGGGCUUGAGUUUUGAAUCUCAUCUAACAAAUAUAACCUCUUGUAGUUUUUUUACGACCUUUUUCAUCACUCUUCAUGUAAUGUAAUCGUGCAUUGUCCAUCGACAAGUUUUAUUAACAUCAGUUUUUUAAGAUA